GUCAGUCCUACGGAGUGGGCAGAGCGCUCUCCAACUCGUCUACAGUAAUCCGAGGGGAUUGCGUUCGUGUGUUAACUCGCCAAACGAUAGGUGUAAAAUGGUUAAAUCGAAUGAACAACGGCACGAUUUUUGUUAAAAAAACGGAUAAUUUGCAAAAGGGGAAUCACUCCACGGCGUCCUCUACUUAUUUUACAGUAGUGGCGGAGUACAGAAGAAAGUUAGAAUAACUCGAGCGAACAAAAGCAGACGUUGACGGAGGAGUUCGCUUUCGCCGAGUUCAGAGGACGGGACGUGAUGGCUCGGAGGAGGAAUUAAGGUCGCGUGGUUUAUAUUCUCCGGGUUUGGACCGAGCGAGGUGGCUCAGGAGCCCGUUAGCUGACCAGUUACGGAUGUCGUGGCUUGUAAGGCGGGGCGUGCCGCCCCUGCCCCCCGUGGGGGUCACUGUGGCCCCCACAGGACCCAACAUCUCCUGGUUCCCAGAGUCUCCCCUUCUGAGCCCUGACCAGCCCACCUUCCUCAUGACCACAGCGGCCCAGGCCAUCUCCGGCUUCUUCGUCUGGACCGCCCUAAUCAUCACCUGCCACCAGAUCUACAUGCACCUGCGUUUCUACCGCGCACCCAAUGAGCAACGGCACAUCGUGCGCAUCCUCUUCAUCGUCCCCAUCUACGCCUUCGACUCCUGGCUCAGCCUCCUCUUCUUCACCAACGACCAGUACUACGUGUACUUUGACACCGUGCGGGACUGCUAUGAGGCGUUUGUGAUUUACAACUUCCUGAGUCUGUGCUACGAGUACCUGGGAGGAGAGAGCGCCAUCAUGGCCGAGAUCAGAGGGAAACCCAUCGAGUCCAGCUGCGUGUACGGGACGUGCUGCCUGCGGGGGCGCUCCUACUCCAUCGGCUUCCUGCGCUUCUGCAAGCAGGCCACGCUGCAGUUCUGCGUGGUGAAGCCCCUCAUGGCCACCGUCACCGUGGUGCUGCAGGCCUACGGGAAGUACAAGGACGGAGACUUCAAUGUUGCCGGUGGCUACCUGUACGUGAGCAUCGUGUACAACGUCUCCGUCAGCCUGUCGCUGUACGCCCUCUUCCUCUUCUUCUUCGCCACCCGCCAGCUGCUCAGCCCCUACAGCCCCGUGCUCAAGUUCCUCAUGGUCAAGUCCGUCAUCUUCCUCUCCUUCUGGCAGGGCUUGCUGCUGGCCAUCCUGGAGAAGUGCGGGGCCAUCCCCCGCAUCAACUCUGACGCGGUGACGGUCGGUGAGGGCACGGUCGCCGCGGGCUACCAGAACUUCAUCAUCUGCGUGGAGAUGUUCUUCGCGGCACUGGCACUGCGCCACGCCUUCACCUACACGGUGUACAUGGACAAGGGGCUGGACGCCCAAGGACCUCUUCCUUCGUACGGACAGUUUGGCCGCUCUGCCCCCAUGAAGAGCAUCUCCAGCAGCCUGAAGGAGACCAUGAACCCGGGCGACAUGGUCCAGGACGCCAUCCACAACUUCUCCCCGGCCUACCAGCAGUACACACAGCAGUCCACGCUGGAGCAAGGGGCCCCGCCCGCCGUCCAGCGCGGCCACGGCACCGUGGGCGCCCGCGGCGACUCUGAGAAGACCCUGCUGCUCAGCUCCGACGACGAGUUCUAGGGUGUAUCCACGGUAACCACGUUCCAGGGCUCCCGCCCCUUCUCCUCCUCCGUCACCAGCAGCAGCACAGCCUGAACUUGAUUCAACGGCUUUUAUUUAUGAAUGGAGAGACGAGUUGUGGGAGGCGGGGCUUAUUUCCCCGUGCUUCGUUUGGUUUGAUGAUAUGCACCUGUUCAUCGGGGAGGAUGGUUGUGCUUCCGUUUAGUUUGAAAAAAGAGAAGAAGAAUUACAGACUUUCACAGGAACGUGUCUGCCAAAUCUGUUCAUUUCCUUCCUUCGUAAGAACUUAUCUUCAGUUUCAGGAUUUAAUUUCAAUUUCACCGUUAAUUUUAAUUUCACAAAGAGAGGGAGAGAUGGUAGAACAAUAACAGAGGGGUAUCCCAGAGGGAGAGAGCCUCGAGGGGGUCAACAUGGGAGAGGAACUUGGAUGAAAACAUCUCUUGGCAAAGUAAUGGGUUUCUUUUCAUAGUUGACCGUCCUUUUCCAUUGGCUGAAAAGCUGCAGUCCUGGCGAAACAGCCUCGCAUAUAAUAAAGGGGGCCAGAGAAGACAAAAGAGUGAGUAUUGCGAGAAUACAGGAGCUGGUGGGAGGGUAGAACUAGGUUAACUAGAUGGAGAUGGAGGAGUCUUCAUCAUCAGCCAUUUCAAUUGCUUGAGCUACCCAUAGAAAUCGGUACAUUUAUUUUUUAUCGGUAGUAUAACAUUUAAGUCUUUAAAUAUACAACAUAUAUUUAAGUAGGCCUGGAUCCCUUACAACUUGUUGUUUUAUUAAAGCUUAAGGGACCCAGUUGGCCUUUUUACGUUUUGCUUGUUCUUAUACCAUGUAGCUGCUUUCUGAUGACUUAGCUGACCACCAGAGGGCAUCCCACACACAAAUACGUAUCUAUAAAAUUCACAUUAUCGCACUCAACACACUUGAAACCUGGAACACAGUCAACAGAAUAGGAAUGCAGUGUGUAAGCUGCUUCGUGUUUGUUGACGCAUAUACUGCCCAAUUUACGUGGUUGGGAUUUUUCCCAAAAUGCCAGUUCAGAGACAUGGAGUAGAUUUGAGCCUUGCCUACUCACUGAAUUAAGUGAUUCUAUAUAUUUUGGGGGGAUUUUCAGUGUGUUUUCUACAAAACACAGUGAUUUAAGUAGGGUGAGACCUGAGAAUUAACAUUGUAAUCAAGGGUUUGUUAUAAACGUCACAAAUGUUUUGUAUCAGAAAUAUAUUUAAAAUGUAGAUUUAUUACAAUAUGCAACAUUUCAGUCAUCUCUGCAUAUGGACAUUUAAAGGGAAUGCUUGAUGUUCUUGUCCUAUUUUUUUCAAGUGCAAUCAUUCUCUCCAUCUCUUCGUCAUGUCAAAGAUGGACAGACGAUUUCUGUUGUAAAUAUGUUUAAGCGCUGUCUUUAAAAGAAAAUGGUUUAGUCAUGUGUGAUAUAAUAUUGUAUGCUGUAAAGCGUUUAUAAAAAAGAACUUAGUUUUAUAUAACUGACUUUUUUUUGCAUAUUAUUGAAAAGCAGCUCAUUUGAUGCCCUUUUAUUUUACGUUCAAAUGUUUAAACAAAACUAUCGGAAGAAAGAGAAUAAAGAUAUUUAGUUUUAUCUGUAACAGUGUUAGUGUUCUUUUUUUACAAAUGUAUAUUGCAAUUAUAAAGUUGUUUUUUUAUACGCAUUCACAGAACCAUAGAAUUUCUGAUUACCACUAUUUAACAGAUGGGAAUUUGACAAGUUACCGAACAUUACGCAGCAAUUGUCAAAUGAACGCUUCCUGUAUCAGUCAUUCGUUUUUUUAUAGCUCUUAUCAAUUGAUCACAUGAGCUUUCAAAGUUCUCUUUUUUUCAAUGCUUGUUUCCUCUUAGCCAACAGUGACUCCACAGUACAGCCUUAUCUACUAGCUGUGAGCUAUUAUCUUUGCAUUCUCAUCUAGUCCUCCUUGCAUCAAUUAAUGCUUUGUUUGUGUCACAAUGGUAGCUUCCACAUUUUACAGCCUUACGAGAUCUGUGGUUACAGUUAAGAAUAUUUAGUAAGAAGUAAACGAGAAAUCUCACUACAAUCUACAAUCACAACGAAUCAAUUGUAUGUACAAUAUAUACAACAUUUAUUUUAAUUAUUAAUAUAUAAAAUAGACAAUGUACUUUAAGUUUUUUUACCAUUGAAAAAAUACAUGUAAUAAAUACAAAGACCAUCUUUUUCGUUUUGCAGUAUUACAAAACAUCCAGCACAAUUUGACAGAUCUGAGACAAAAUAUUACUGAGAAUAAAUGCUAUGCAACAUCUGAUAUCAAUAUAGCUAAAUAUACGCCUCUUACAUAUAUAUAAUAAGGAGUAUCUGACAACACACUAUAAUGUGUUGCAAUGCCUGCUUUCCAACGUCAUAUUGCUAGCCCUAUUCGAAAGGCCCAGUCCUCCCCUCCCAGCCUAGCGGAGCUUGGGUAGCAGUUUUUACUGAAAGACAACAGAUUAAGGUUUUCUAGUGAAUUAAGCACCACCUCCAUUACACCUUUCUACAUCAUGUCAUCUCUUCCUCACAUUCUCUAACCUUUUUCCUGCCGCCUCAACGCGUUCCACCAUCCUCAUUUCAACCCUCAUUCCAUCUUUCCCCUCUUCGCAAUCCCGAGACAUUUUGUUCACCGUUCAACUUUCCCCAUGACCUUGCUGUCAUGCCAAUUCAGAAAAGACCUUAAUUUUUUUUUCUCCAUAAAUAAACAAAAACAAACUUACACAUCAUAAAUCACCUCAGUACUUAAAUAAUGGUUUCCCCACAAGACGCCACUAUGAAAUCAGGACAAACGUGGCAAAUAUGCGCACACCAAGUAAAAAGUCCACAUACAGCAAACAUGGCCAUUGGCAUUUAGCAUUUUCUACUCUGCUCAUAACAGUUAACAUUUUGUAAUAAAAAAAACAAAACAGUUAUAGUAAUCAUCUUUAGUCAAAGUACAAUUAUUAGAGGUGAGAAUAAUCCCAAACUAGUCAUACAUCGCAAGUACUUUCAAAAAAACAAACAUAACAUCACAGCACUCAUUAGCUUGUCUUUUUUUUAUAAUAUCCAUUUUAAAUACAAAUAAAAUAUAGAUUAUAGCUCUGGUAAAUGUCUCUCGACAUUGUCGUCUUUCGCAGGUAAUUACAAAGAUUCGAAAAAGAAACAAACCAGAAAAGAAAAAUGGUAAUUUGGGACCGUUUUUGCUCUGAUUCAGCAUAACUUUUAGCAUGACGCAGUGCUUCAUAUUUCAAUGGCGGCCGUCACUUACUGACCAACAUCCGUCCAAGAUAAUUACGUUUUCGUUUAGUUUAGUUUUAAAUACAAAAGCCACAACAGACUAAACAUACAAUUAAAAGCACAGUAAUACCUAUGGACAGUGAAAGGGAGUACAAUGAAUCAGCACUUGGACAAUACUAGACUCCAUACAUAUAAACACAGAACGAAUUUGUGGUCUGGACCUCUUGAAACAAAAAACAAAAGAAAAUAUUGGGCAAUCCAUGAAUCAAACCCUCCUUCUCAACGGUUCCUUCACCCAUUCCUUCACCACUGAGUAUUGCUUGUCCAACCCAAACUAGAAGAGACUACUGAGACACACUGACAGCGAGAGAAUGGUUGUACAGUGUGUGGGGAAACUGAAGCGCAUAGUCUGGUCCGUAUUCAGCGAGUCGGUAUUCAUUCCUGU